AUGUAUUAUAAAUAUUCAAACGUACAAACUUUGAAGGAAGAAUGUCACAACUUACUGAGUGACAGUAACAAGGAUGUCACUAUUCCUCUAGAGGAAGAAGUGGAACAAGAAGUCUUUACGAAGAAUACUACGAUAUGCACGAAGCUACAUGAAUGCUAUUUUAAACCUUUGGCCAGCAGUCAUUCAGAAUACUGCUUUGAUUUACGAAAAAAGGCCAAUUCUGAGCAAUGUCAUCGAUAUAAUCAUGUAAAAUAUGAAUCAAUAGCAAAAGAUUCUAAAAUUAGUACAAUCAAAUCAAAAUCUGAUGUUUUACUAACAAUAUCUCAUGAGAAAACACUUUAUUUCUUUUUCAAAACCGUUUUAGAUUCCUUAAAACGUAUCGAAAAAAGUUGUAAAUAUAACAAGGAAUGUCAAGUUUCUGAUAUAAAAUUGACUGAAGUAUCUCUUACUGACGAAAAAUUAGAAGAGUUAGAAGAAAUAUACCAUGCAGAUAUUAAAUAUCCAGAUUUUAAAACAAAUGAUCCAAAAGAAGUUUAUGAUGUCUUUGGUUCUUCCUCUAAAAGCAAUGUUACCCAAGAGGUCACUGACUCAAAGAAAAAUAAAGAUCCCUGUGAAAGAUGGGCAGCAGAAAAAAUUGAUGUAGCUGUUGGGUCUAGGAGUAGGAUUACAAAAAAUACAGUCACUAAAGAAGUGGCUGUAGAAGCAAAAUUAAAAACGUCGAUUCCAUUGAUUCGACCACAGAAGAGGGUUAAACAGCUAAAGAGUGUGGCAAUAUCGCCUAUUUAUAUUACUGAUCAAACAGAGAUGAAAGAAGCCUAUCAAGUAGAGGCACCAAAACUAAAAGUUUGCACGCCAAGAUCUCCGGUGAGAAAACAAACUCAACAAAAAUCGAGAGAAAGGAGUUCAAAUAAAAAGUCUCCUCCACGAACACUCAAUAACAACUUUGAACUGACGUGUCCCCAAACAGUUUUAACUGUAGAAAAGCACGAGAUCUUUGUUAAUAACAACGAUAAUAUGGAUCAAAUAUUAAAAAAUAAACUACGUAAAGCAAAAACUCCUCUAAAAGAUCGAUUGACUCGAAAAACUAAAGAUAAAGUAAUGAAAGAUCAUAACGUACCUACAGAUACCUGCCUGAAUGCUUGCUUUCCUCAUUCACCAAGAACACCAAAGACCCCAAACAAAAAAGAAGGUAUUGUCUCUCGGUUUGGUGCUAUCACAAAACCUCUAGCCGUGCUUCCGGUGAUAUGGAAGCAAAAGAAAGGAGAACUGAAAGAAGUUAAUGUUAGUUCCACUUCUUCUUCCCUGAGUGAUACUUUAGAAAACGUUAAACGAAGCCAGUCUUUGAACGACAUCAUCAAAAAAAGAGAAGAAAGCACUAGGUCAAAAACCACUUGCGGUACUAAAAGAGGGUUAAAGGAAUUCCACGAUACAUGUGGAAGUUUUAUCAGUAAUAACAUCGAAAAAUUCACUAACAAACCUACAGUAAAUCGUUCUCAAGGACUCGAAAAUGAUAUAGAAAAUAAACUUACUGGUAGAUUAUUCUUGACAAAAGAUUACAAAACUGGAGAGAUCAGCUCGUAUCAGAGAAGAAAACUGUAUGACCAGUCCAUCAGGAAAAGAAUGAAGAGAAAAUUUAAAUUAUCACGCAUGGAAAUGACCCCUCAAGUUUUUGAAGUUCGUUUCCUUUCAAUGAUCAACCAAGACAACCUUUUGAAGGAACGAAAACGUCCGAUAUCGCCUAUUUUCCAUAAAAAAGAUAACUGUGUUGUAAAAAAGAGUGACAAGCUUGAUAGAGGUGAUAAUAAUCGCGAAGAAGAUGUUGAGCAAAGCAAAGAGGCUGUAGAAGCUGUAAAAGAUGAAGAAUCCUCUGUAACUAAGAUUUAUUUCAAUAAGGAACUUAAGGAGCAAGAAGCUUUAGUGGAGUUAUGCAAGAAGUUAUUAAAACUAAACAAGACUAAUGAGCUUCAGGCUGUUCUCAAUGGAAACAAGUGCUUUUGUAGCUCUUUUACACAAAACUGUAACGGAUGUCAUGAGUUUAUGAGCUUUUUGGAUCUUUUACACAGUUCGAUGUCCAAUUAUUGUACAUCGAGCGGAUUGGAAAAGACCAAUAAGGAAGAGAAGCCUGGAAUAUGUUCUGGUGGAAAGUUUGGGGAGGUUUUUCCAGGUAAUUUUGGUUGUAACCGAUCGCUUUCGUGCCAGAGUUUCGGUAUUUCUGAACAGAAUAAUUGUUUAAUCCAACCAAUCAGUUGUCCUAUGUUAUUUGACAACAGCACAUCGUUUGAUUAUCUCUACGAACAUUCUUCGGACUCCAACAAAAGUGAAACCAGUGAGAAAUUUCUUCAAAGUUUUACAAAAGUCGAGCACAACUUCGACAUGGAUAUGAACCAGUACAACGUGGAGAAUUCAUGUUUUUAUAUGUCGAAAAGUACCACCGAAAGCGGGUAUUCUAGUAUCAAGUCGAAACAGAAUUCUUGCAGCAGUUUUUUCAAGAAAUGCAAGAUCAUUACGAUGUUGAAAUCGAAGAAGAGUUCGGAAUUGAAUGUUGUUACGGAUCUGCAGAGUGAUUGCUACAGAAAAAUAGUUUUCUUUUUAAAUAUCAUUAUGUUGGCGAAUGACUAUUUCUUGGCAUCAUCAGAAAACGAAGAUGAUUUCCUGUUGGUUCAAUUUGACAAGAACAAUUUUGUUUUAGAGAACAAUUGUAAACUAGUUUUCAAUAACCAAGCUUUGAAUUUAGAUGUUUUCAUGUAUUUAGAAAGUGAUGUUUGUGGUAAGAUUCACCAGAAAGCUGAACAAAAAUUUAUAAACAUGAUAAUGCAGGCGUAUGACAAAGAAUUUGCUUUGUGUCAAUCGUUUUUGAAGAAUGGGGAAUUUCUGGAAACAGUCCUUGUACCUGCUGUCAUCUCUCAAAAACGCACAACAAUUAAAAAGGCAAGAAGUGAGAAAUUUAAGAGUUUUUUUACGAGAAAAUCAAACGAAAGUUGUAUGGAGUCCAAAAUAUUGAUGACGCUAGAUGAAAUGAGAGUUAAAGAAAUGGUGGAAAAAUUAGCGUUAGGCGCCAAAAAAGAUUUUGCAAUGUUGGCAGCGGCGGUGAAAUCGAACGGAAAUAUCGAUGAUGGAAUUAAAAUUUGCGGCCUUUUGAUGUUGCUUGAAAGGUUGUGUUCCGGACAUUUCGACCUUUUGCAGAUUGAUUUAAAUUGUGAUUCUGCAAUUGAAAUUGAAAAAGAAAUAACGGAUCUUUUUGUCAAAGUUUUCAUAUUGAGUGAAAAAGAAGCCAAAAAUGCAAAAGGCAGAUUGGGUAUCGAGAAAUGA